AGCAGCAGCAGCAGUUUGCAGUCGAUACCGCUGCUGCGUCGAGGAAACGCGAGACGCGCGCGACGAACAGGGGGGACGAACUCGGAGUCUCUCGGAGCGUAGAGAGAGAGUAACGAGAACCGUGCUCUGGAUAUUUGAUAUCGGGUCGCUUGAUCGAGCCUCUCCCGCGGUUCCGCGUUACUGAUCUUCGCUCGACUCCGCGCGCACAAACCGAACCCAAAGUAUAGAGUCGUAAGUGGCUCUCUCGAUGACCCUAAUACUUACCGGACGCGAAAUGAAGACGUUCACUCGCACCGUUUGCUUAUUCGUGGAAUUCAUUGCGGGUGCCAGCCCGCAGUGAUAAAUCAAGAAAUCACUGCGUGAAGAAAGGGGGAAACGAUAUUAGAGAAGUGUCGGAACGUGGUGCAGUUGAGAAAUAAUCAUCGAAAAUGAGUUGCAUAUCGCAGUGCGCCAAAUACUUUCUCUGCUUCUUCAACUUCAUUUUCUUCAUCGCCGGAGGAGCGGCAUUGACUGUCGGUAUCUGGCUCUUCGCCGACAGGAGCUCGUUCACCAAUCUCAUCGGGAAGCUCGAUCAAUCCGACUUUCUGAAUAAAACGGACGCCGAUGUUAUCAAGAUGAUCGCCUACAUUCUUAUCAUCGCUGGUGCUCUCACGUUCAUUAUCAGUUUCCUCGGGUAUUGCGGCGCUAUGUUCGAGUCCAGGUGUCUCCUCUGUGUCUAUGGCAUUUUAAUCUUGCUGGUUUUGAUCCUGGAGUGUGUGGUAGUCGGCCUCGCUUUUGGACUUAAAGGAGACGUCGAGAAGGGUACGCAGGACUUCUUGAAAUCGACCAUCGCCAAGUAUUACGCGUCCACCGGUGAUAAAACUGAUACAGUGCAAGUCGCAUGGGACGGUAUCAUGAGUAAGCUCCAUUGUUGCGGCGUGGAAAGUUAUCAAGACUUCAGUGAGAAUAGGAACUGGACUGAAAAGACCGGAAAGAAGAUCCCCGAAGCCUGUUGUCUAAAAGAAAAUGACGUCCUGAAGGAUUCUUCAUGUCCAUAUAUUCCCUCCGCGACUAACUCGUACAUUAUGACGGGUUGCUACAAGGCCAUGAUGACCGCCAUUGAGGAGAAUGCGGCGAUAGUGAUCGGUGUGGCCGCUACCCUGGUCUUCGUCGAGGUCCUGGUGAUUAUCCUGGCGCUGUACCUAGCCUGCUGCUACUGGCGCCCACAACAUGUUUAUCGAUGCGUAGAACCUUCUGGCAAGGAGUAACCUCGAGAGCAGAAUGUGCUAAGCUUUCUGCCAGCAGUUCUUUUGAACGCAGUUUCUUUUUCUUUAAGGACUUCGCGAAUACCUCGAUUGUGUUUGUACGUGUAUAUUUAAUAUACGUACAUAACACACACAAUGUACCUAUGUAUACAUGCAUAUAUACAUACAUAUGUAUAUGCAUAUACAUAUAUGUACAUGCUUUCGUGUACUUUCCAACGCAAUGGCGACGCAAGUUGAAUCCGAUGGCAUCGUACCGCAUCGUGCGCUUCGAUCGACCGCAUCAGUCUCAGAACUAUAACGUAACGAGAAUCGAAGGGUUGCAGAAAUCGAAAGCCAUAUUUAACAAUUAACGCACACGAUCGACAGAACGAUCGCUUUCACGAGUAUAAUACUACUCGAGCCCUUCGAUCACUCGCACGUAUGAAUUUCAACGGAAAUCGCGUUGAGCGGAAAGCGCGCGGAAGAUCAUUUAUGAUCAUUAUUAAUGCAAGCGCUUUAAAGUUGCAUGUGCCAAAUUAUACUGCGCGGUCAAUCGCGGAAUUACGCGAGUCAAACGCUUUUCCGUUUCGACGCUAAAGUGCCAGUGUAUCAAAUGCAUUCGCUUUCACCGAGAUUAUUAACGUGGAAUGUUACUGCACGUUUCGCAGUGGACACCACGAGCAAAUCGUUCAACGCAUGUAGAAAAUCCUUCCUGUUUUAGUUGCACUAAAACGAAACAGGGAUAAAUGAAGGAAACACUUUUCCGACGUGAAACGAACGAAAAUAUUUGGAGAUUCUUUCUCGCAUUCCGCGCGCAUUGUUAACGUAACAAUACCCGUUUCUAUCCGCUCGACGCUCACUUCUGAACAAAUCUUGUUCAUACCAAUACUUGUAUUUCAAUAUUUCGUCAUUGCCUUGCAACGUGCUCUACUCAAAAUGCUUUCAAACUCGGGCGAAAUGACCAAUAAUGUACAUAUCGUAUCUAUCGAAAUACUCCUCGGCCGCUGACAAUUUCGACGUCCAAGUUCUCGCACGAAGAACGCGAAAUGAGAGACAGCUAAAUUCGCCGUAAUAACGUUCUAAUUGUUCAUAUCUCGGUUACGAUCACCCAUCGGGCAGCUUGCUUUCCCAGAAUUCUUUGAACAUUCGUUCGAUCGUAUAGUUAUUAUUAUUAUUAUUUUUUUUUUCAAUAUCUCGCAUUCCGUCUUGUCAGUAUGAACACAAAAAAAAAACUGUCGCACGAAUUUCCAUAUAGCUUUAUAAACGACCGAGGUCGAUCGGUGGUGAAAGUGUUGUUGAGUGCAGCACAAUUUCACGUUCGGGUCCCCGACGGCGAGGUGAAUCACCUCGUCGCGGGUGCGAAAGAGAUUACGACGGUGUUAAAUACGCGCGUAUCCAUCUGAAUUGAAUCACAAUCCAUCCUAUUAAAGUAGAAACCUUUUUUCUCAAUUGGAAGGCAUUGACAAAUGGACGUUCUUUUAGCUUGUGUAGACGUAUCGUCGAGACAGGCCUGGUGAGGUGCUGAAGUAAGGAUGAUGAUUUUGAUGGGGUUUGCUUUCAAGUAAGACGGAGGUGAGGCUGUCAGUUGACAGCCGAUCCCUUCCUUGCUGCCGCUUCGCGCUGCAGCGUCUAGAUCUUAUUAUCAUCCAUUCUACUCUACAAGCGUUCUUUCGUGAAUUCUAUUGAGGCAUGGUAGCUUUUUGCUCUCCACCCUUGCAUGGCCAUGCUGUUGUAUAUUAUUUGACAGAGGCAGAGUGCCAGAUGUACAGAGGCAGAAAGUGAGAGAGAGAGAGGCCCGAUUGCAUCGUUAUUACGUGGAAGCAACCUGUAACAGGUGCAGAAUGACUGGUGUUGGUUUACUUUUGAGCAGGAGAUUUUGUGUGGGAAUAAUAUCAUGGAGUAGACGGUAUUUUGUGAUAAUGAAAACUAUAAGUGUGCAUUAAUAGUACGAUCAUUAAUCAAAAAGUUAUUUUUAUUAUUUCAGUAUCUAUAAAGCGUCCCUCGCCGAGCGUGACUUCCUCUAAAUCGCGGCCAAUUUUGAAUCGACUUUCGCUCAUCAGAGAACCGAAAUUUAACACAAUUUUCUAAUCUUUAAAAUAAUAUAUCCUUAUAACUAAGCUUCAAAUUAAAAUUCUAUUAAAAUACAGUCUAUUUGAAGUUAACUCUAGAAUAUGUUAUCCAAAACGCUUUACAGCCUUGAUCUCGAGAUCUUUGUAAAGGAAAGCUCGACUUAGGAUUGGUCAAGGAAAGUACAGUUCAAAGGAAGUGCGUUCAACGAGAGACACUUUGUAUUAACAAUAUGACAAAUUAUUAAAUGCAUAGAGCGAUGAAAAAAGAAAUAAAAUAUGGAGGAAAAAAAUGUAAAGUAGCAUAAUACAUUAGACGUUUAAAUAUGUGCAAUUGUUGUUUCAUGUUUACAAUUAAUCUAAAUGACGUUAAUUAUUAUAAUUAGACAAUUUUUCAAGUCCUGCAUAUAUAAAGAUGUUAUUUAUCAGUCGUUUAUGAAUUAGUUACGAAGCAAUAACUAUGAUUGCUAAUAGACGAGGCCAAAAUUUAUAGAACAUAUGAGUCACUAAUCAAAGCGUUCCAUCCAUAAAUAAAUACAUUUUUUCGUAAUUCAGGUAAUAUCGAGUUUAACAAUAAAUAUAUACACGAGCGCGGAGAGAUCUUUUUUCUCUCGCGUGCGCGCUAUCGAUUUUCUGAGAAGCGAAACGAUAAAUUAUCAAAUUGUGUUUGUCAAAGCCAAACGAGUAUGCAAUUGGGCCUGUAAGUUUUCAUUUGAGCUUUCAGCGUGACUUCAUUUUAUUUCACACGGUGUUUUACUCAUCGAAUCGCUAUCGGCACAAAUUAUUAAACACACACGUGGCGAAAAUUCUACUCGGAAUUGUGGAUACGCAAAGUAACACAAACAUUUUAACUGUUUCCUUUCUCUCCUUCUCAUUAGUUAUAGUAGCUUAGUCAGCAAUCUAUUGUCUCAAUGUUGCAAACGCUAUACGGUACCUAACAGAUACAUCACAGAGAGAUCGCAGGAUGAGGUAUACCUCAUUCACGUUUACAUAUGUAAAGAACAUAUAUAUAUAAAAAGAAAUGUAAAUGGGACAACGUACAAUUUCGAGGAGAAGUCCAUAUACCUUCAUAAGAAAUCAAUAAUAUGUAUGUUAGUGUACUUUCAAUGUUUAACACACACUGCUGUAUACGCAAAAAUCUGUACGUAUGCGCACCGAACUCGCGCGGAGGGCCAGAGCCAAAAAAAAAACCCAAAUAAACAGCAACAACAAAAAGAAAAACUAUUUCAAGACUGAAAAAAAUUGAACUAAAUUGCACGCACACUGCAAUGAUUUGACGCGGACCUUACGAAACGAAGAUAUCAUUUCCUUAGCGGGAUGCGUGUAUAUAUAUUUAGAUAGAGUAUAUUUUUCUAGAGUUUCUGCGAUAUCUCGCGGCGCGCGACAUCGUACAAGUGAAACGCGAAAGAAACUUCCGAUUCUUUGUUCAUUUCGAGGGGAUCGCGAACAAACGGGGAAAUUGUAUCGCAUUUGCGACAAUACGAUCGCGCGCGCGCGCAUGACGCGCGUGCGGCCGGGUGUGUCGACCGGGAAAUGCAAAAAAAAAUGAUGCACAAACGAUCUUACGCGUUUUCUUCCGUACCUGAACUUUUCUAGAUUUAACGACGAUAUAGCCCGUACGAAACGCGGAAGCUUUCGAUUACAUCGCAGCACUUGUAAUAUUGCAAAGUACGGCGCGCAAAGAUAUAGGUGGAUGUUCCAACAUUGCUGCGGAUGUUGCAGCAACAUUGCACGACGUACGUAUUAGCGGUAUUGCAAUCUUUCCGCGAUAGUAUUUCCGCGAGCCUUCCGCGCCGCACGGCGCGGUGCAGUACGAGUCUCUUGUUUGGAGGAUCUACGCCGUUAUUUAUGCAAUCGCGGACCGCGCUGUACUGUGUGUGCGAUAUAUAUAUAUAUAUAUAUAUAUAUAUUGACUUGACGAGAUGAUGUACUUUCGUUCCAUCGUUCUUUCCCCGUGCCGGCGUGCGCGUACGUACACACACGAAUCGACGGUAAUAUCUUAAAUGCGGACGGUAGUUUUUACGAUGCUACUAUUUACAAUCGCUACUAAUUGUUCAUGCCGCACAUUCUAGACAUUUUCGUUUCCAGUGUUAACUUGUUGGUGCUGCUGUUGACGAGGCAUUAAGAGCAUGGAACUGUUGAGUAGUGCCUCCUAGCACGUUGAGCCCUUAGCGCUCCUGUGCCUUGCUUGCUUGAAACUCUAGCUGCUAGCCCAGCCUAGGCUAGCUGAGAAGUCGGCCGAACAGAAACCAAUUCUUUGACGCUUGAGUUGACGAAACGUUUCGGGAAAACAAAACCAAAAAAAAAAAAGAAAAGAAAAAAUAUAUAAGACAUUGGCAGUGACGUAGAAGAUAUGGCUUAUGGCGUUACUGCUCGUUUUUCUCGAUGGAGAACUCAGGUCCAGACCCAUCAAUCUUAUAUAUUUUACUGUGUGUAUAUGUAUGUAAGAUUGAUAAAUAUAUAUAUCUCGCGUUGCGUAAUCACAUAAGUGAUAUACGCAUGUACAUAUAUAUAUUACGAUACGAAGUAUCCCAAAACGUCACUGUAAAUUGCUAUAACGUUUCGUAGUUUCGCUAAGUGUUUGUAUAUUACGGAGGUACAAGCGUUUAAAAUGAUCGAGAGGUCCGUGUACGAAGACGAAUCCUUUUUCUCUUUCCUUUCUUCCGGCUCUUGAUCGUCCGCAAGUUAACGCAGAUGCACGUCGAUGAAACGCGACAAGUAGAUGUACAUACGCGACGCACGCGAUAUUACAAUAUUUUCGUAACAAAAAAGUUUUAGAUGCUUGUAUACUCACAACAUAGAAUACUCAUGUUUCGCGAUGUUUCGUUCAUUUCUCUAAAAAUAAAUGGAUAAUGGAGGUACGAUUCAACGAGAUACUCGUGACGAGAAUCCGAUUUACUUUUUGGCAACAUCUUUUUCGCUGUAUUUUUUUUAUUGCAAAAUUUUUGGUGGAAGCGCUUUUUUUUAUACGUAACACUCACUAAAUCUUGCACAAGAAUUCAUUGUUUCAGUAGCAUUCGGUGAAAUAUAAGUCGGAGGUAAUGCUAUGAAAUGCUAACGAGCUGAUUGCUCGAGCCAUUAAAGAGAUAUAUUUACGAGAUGCUUUCGAAGGAUUUAUUGGCAGAGAAAGGCUUUUCUUUUUUCACGUAACGUUCUCUGAUAAAAAUUUUAUAUACUUACGUGAUACGUUCUUCAACCUGAUAUACAUGCUUCUAGCUUUAUAUUUUUCUUAAAUAUAUAAUAUAUAUAUAUGUACCUGAGUAAUUAAAAAUUGUCAGAUAUCUAUAUCAGAUGUAUAAUUGUCUGAGAAAUAGGAAUGGCGCGUCAUUGCUAAUAGCGCGUAGAGAUCGGCGGGAGCAUUUUACAUAACGCAUACACUUUGUGAGGCAAGUCACGAAGUCAGAGUGUUUAUAUUGAACGUUAAUUCUCUUUUUCUUUAUCAAUUGCCGUGUAUGAAAAUGUGCUGCACAUCACUGUUUCCCAAUAGUGGAAGUAAAAAAAAAACGAAUCAAACCUCCUUUUACCUCUGACACAAGUAUAUAUUGAAGCUAUGUCAAAAGAAUAUUUUAUCAUGUACACCUGCAAACCAUGUAACGCAUAAUUAACGACGAGCCCAUAUUGAUCCAUAGAUUGCGCGUCGCUCGCAUAAGAGCGAUACACGAGAUAUCGCACAGACUAAUUGGAGGAUUGAAAUUCUCAUCAACUCGUUUAGCUGAUAGUUUAAAAACUAUAUGAUAUAUAUAGUGAAAUGCUUGUUUUUAUAUAAUGUGCAGUUUAAUUUAGAAAUGAAGAACACGUUUUUUGCAUGCAAUAUUAUGCACUAUGGAUAUUUAUAUUUAUUUUUAAACGUUCGCAUAGUGUGUCCGUCAAGUAUCUUAAAAAUAAUGUAAAGGUUCUUUUUAUUGCAAUCUGAUCCCUAUGUGAAUUGCCGAUAUCGUGAACAUCAAUCCAGAAGGAGAGGGAAGCUUUUCUGCAAAUUAUUUUUCACUUAAUCACGGAAAAAAUAAAUUAAAGAAAAUAGCUUCGAAACAGUUACGUCUUCGUUUUCUCAACGGAGAAUACAUUGACUUGUAUUCACGUACGUGACAACCAAGAUCGUCGAGCUCGCAGAAUCAAAUUAAACAAUGGGAUCGAUAUUGCAAUACAAACAACCUGAUUCUUAUAAUGCUGUCUAAUAUGUAGUCCCAUAAUAUUGAAUGUAUAAAUUUCAGAAAGACUAUUUAAAGUCAAGUGAAAAAAAUAACAAUUUAAAAAAAAACGAAGAGCCUAAGACACCAGUUUAGAAAUCUCACGUAGAAUUUGUGGAAGUCGAGUCAAGAUUAAUGUGACAAGUUUAUGUGUUUACUCUGAAAUUGCGAUAAAAAUGAUAAUGAAAUAUAAAUGCGCGUGUUGUAGUCGUAUGCUAUGGUAUAUGAUAAAAUUUAGUUUCGCGUCAAAUCAAUAUAUAAAUGAUAUCUACACAAGUAUCUUUUUGGUACUAAAGAUACACAAAGAAUAUAUAGGCUACUGUGCAAAAAAUUAUUUUUGAAAAACUAUGUGAGAUAUUACGAUAAGAUUACCAAAAAAAAAA